GUCACGCAGGUGUCGUCCGUAACCAAGAAGGAGCAGAUGACCGGAGCGGUGUCGGAUAUUCGCGUUGGCCACGAUCCGCAUCUUUUCUUCGCGGAAAACCAAAACAACGAGGAUUAUUCGAUUGCUCAUCCGCUCUGGUGGUGCUCCCCUGGCUCGCUCUGCGUCAGUGAUUCGCCGUUUCUUCCUUUCUAGAUAGAAACAAGUCACUCGAUCCUGGAAUCAGGAUGUCAGUGACUGAAGAGAAGAUCCAGGAGCUGAAUCGAGAUUUCCUGGACUACAUGGGCAAACCAGAGAAUGUCGAAAGAGCCACAAAAGACAUUUACGAGGAAUUGUUAGAUGAGGUUCUGAUGGGUUUCGUCUUUGAUGUACACCGCACAAUUAAGACUGGCACUUGCGACGUCGAGGAAGGCAUUUCCGAUGACAAGUGCUAUGCCAUUGUCGAUUCGCCUGGUUUAGACGUAUUCGGCCAGCAUCCGAUGAAGAAAUCCCAGGAGUGCAACUGUCCGAAUUGCGAACGUGGAGUUGCAGCUUGCAGAUUCGCUACUCAUCUGGCAAAGUGCAUGGGCAUGGGCAGAAACAGCUCGCGUAUCGCGUCGCUACGAAUCGCGAACAAUUCCAAAGACAUGAACACUUAUGGCGGUGUGUUAAGCGACGACGACGACGACGUGGACUGGAGUCUGACGAACGAUAGCGGCAACAAACGCAAACGUCCGCGCAAGGAUCGCAAUGGCAUGAGCAAGCGAUCGGGCAAGCAGCAGAAGCAACAGGGUAGUGCUGGCGCCAGCGGUAGCGGUUCACAGAGGAAUGGCGAGACCACUACCGUCGUCGGCGGUGAGCACAACGUGCACAGUAGCAACGAAAGCUCACCAUUAAAUUACGACAAUAUGUCGCUCAUGGAUAAACGGGCGUUGCUCACGCAAAUCUGCGGCGUCGUAUCUGAACAUACAAAGAAGCUGUGCACCAGAUCGAUACGUUGUCCCCAGCACACUGACGAACAGCGUAGGGAAGUACGUGCCAAUUUGGAGUCCAACGGUCAGGACAAUUUGCACGUCGAUGUGGACACAUACGAGGAGAACGACGGCCAAAAUCUGCGGGACACAUUGACGAGAUGGGACCGGGAGGGUUCGAGUCACUCCAGCCCGGCCGACUCGGCCUCAACUACGUCGACCUCGUCGAUCAGUCGAAAACGAGAGACCAAAUCCAAAGGCAAGGGAAAAGCCUCGUCGAAACGUGAUCGCGGUUCUCCGAUCUCGCAGGGGGACUGAGGAGCGGAGAGUCGAUCCGGGACUGUUUCUCGGUCCGGGAGCGUUCCUCCGUCCAGGCUCACUCCUCGGCGGCAGAGAAAUAUUGUACGAUAAUGUUCCUAAUGGUUGUACAUAGAUUGAAGGAAGAACUGUUCUUCCAAAAAUGACUGCGAAGUUUGCGUAAUACUUAAUUUUAAAUAUUACUCACGGCGUCUUUUGUAAUUAUUAUUUUUAAGAAAAUAAAUACCAACGAAUUACAAAA